ACCCGAGGCAGUAGGAAAAUUAGAACCAACGAAAAACCGGAAUCACAGUUCCCAAUACAAAAGCACCUGAUUUUCUCUCUCCUCUUUACUGCUUACGUCACUAACAAUUUCCAUUUUCUCUCUCUUUGACUGCCACCCGCCAUGAAAGACUCCUCCAAGAAACUCAAGCUUGUCUGCAGCUUCAAUGGAGAAUUCCGGCGCCGGAAACCCAGUGAAAUAUUCCGGUACACCGGAGGAGAGACUCGGAUUAUUUCUGUCGACCCCACUACUCUGACAUACUCAAAACUCCGGUCUCUGAUCACUCAACUGUUCCGAGUUGCCAACUCGAACGAGUUCAAACUCAAGUACCAGUUACCGGGUUCGGAAACCGGUGACUCUUCCUCGCUUAUUCUUCUUGCUGACGACGAUGACGUUUCGUGUAUGGUGGAGGAGUACUACGAGAAGGUUGCAUUGCACGGUAACAAAUUUUCUAGGUUGUGGGUUUUUGUUUUUAAUGGCAAUGUAGAUGACCCUCUUGAGAAUUCUUGUGGAAAAGGGGAUUUUGAUUGGUUUAGGGUUUUAAGGGAGAAUUUGAGGUUUAAGGGUGAAAAUUUAGGGUUUAAGAAUUUCUUGGAUGCUACUAAUUGUGGGAAGAAUCCUAAUCACAAUUAUAAUCAUAAUCACAGUCAUAAUCAUAGUCAUAAUAAUGGGAGAAAGAAGAUUAGUAGCAGUGAUCGCUGUUUGAGGAAAUUGGUUUUAAAGCAACAAUUGGUGCUGGCUAAACAAAAAGAUCAAAUUGAAUAUACUGAUUGUAGUGCUAAAUUGGAAAAUUAUGAUCAGCCUCUUAUUGAUUUAGGGCCUGGUUCGUGUGAUUUGAUUACCGCAAAAGUUGAUGUAAAUAAUAAUGCGAAUAGUGGAAGGAAAUUUGAUUGUAAGGAGGGUGAUUUUGGUGGUCUUAAUUCGACAAGAUUGGUGUCGAAUUCUUGUCCUUUAAGUCUACGAGAUAGUAAUUUGUUAGAGGAAAGAAAUCGAAAUUCAGGGUCUACAAGUGCAAUGGAAAGUUGUGAGGGAAUGGGUGAUAGUUCUCAAAACAAGCAAGACUUAAACAUGGAGAAUCCCCUGCCGUAUUGCCUGGAUGAUCAGAAUGCACUGAACUCUCAUAUGUCCUGUGAUGAUCGAGGAAUUCGAAGGGAUUCUACAAUGAAUCAAUUCCAUAGAGGUCAUGGGAUAUCGGGCCAUUGUGGUAUCCGAAGCCAUCACUUUCGUAAGGGUGAUUUGAGGAAUCAAGGGAUUGGUUAUUCUUGCCAUUAUGGGAGUCAUUGCAUGAGUAAGUUGGGUGGUAAUAUCUCAGUUGGUGCUAAGUGUUAUCCUGGUUUAGGGGUCUCAAAACAAGGGCAAGCUAUGAGAUUUCACCAUUCAAAUUCAUCAGUAAGACCCUUAUCUGGUCCACCACAUAGGACUAAGGUGGUUGAGACGAGGAAAUUGAUUGAUCCCAACAAGGCAAGCCGAAAACAGGCCAAUAAAGUUUCAGUUACGCAAUCUCAAGUGUAUCAACCUCGAAUAUUGGAAGAGCCCUUGAUUGAUUUUAGCGAGGAACCUAUUGGAGUGAAAAAUAAUGCUGCUAAAGGUGAAUUGAGGGGCAAUUGCCUUACUGAUUCAAUAAAUCUUUCCUCAUGCAACCCUUCAAUGUCAUCAUCCAAAGUUGCAACCUUAAAACUUUCUUAUUUGGGGAGUGAAGUCUCUGCAUCAUUGCAGAUAGAUCAGCUAAAGGUUUUAGAUCCAACAGUUGAAGGAUCAAACAAGAGUGCAUUGCAUUCUAUAGUUGAUAUUAUUGCCAAAUGGGACAAAAGUUGUUCACUGCAAGAAGAUAUGCAGGAUGCUCCUCCUGCAAGUCCUAACAGCUAUGACAAGGUGGAUUCAAGGAAUAACCAAAUAGACUCCAACAUAAUUGCUGGGAUUCCCAGUGAUCUAGCUGCUUUAUUCACUGAUCUGUCUACUAGAGGGCUUCAGCUUGUAGUUGUCCAAAGGCUUAUGUUUCCAUUGCUGCAGACAAUCCAAUACUCUGAUCUCGAGUACAUUAAGGAACUUGGUUCAGGAAACUAUGGAACUGUUUAUCAUGGAAAAUGGAAAGGUUCUGAUGUAGCAGUCAAGACGAUAAAGCCAAGUUGCUUUAAUGGAGAUACAAAGAUGGAGGAUCGAUUGGUUGCAGACUUCUGGAAGGAAGCUUUUAUGCUUGGGCAGCUACACCAUCCCAACAUUGUAGCUUUUUAUGGAGUAGUUACUGAUGGACCUAUUACAAAUUUGGCAACAGUGACUGAAUACAUGGUUAAUGGCUCCCUUAAACAAGUUCUACAGAGAAAGGACAGAACGAUAGACCGGAGAAAGCGGCUCAUUAUAGCGAUGGAUGCUGCAUUCGGGAUGGAAUACUUGCAUGAGAAAAACAUUGUCCACUUUGAUCUAAAAUCUCAUAAUUUCCUGGUGAAUAUGAAGGAUCCUCAGCGCCCUGUGUGCAAGAUUGGAGACUUGGGCUUAUCAAAACUCAAGCGGAGAACAAUGGUUUCUGGAGGGGUACGUGGAACAAUACCAUGGAUGGCACCAGAGCUUCUGAAUACAAGUACCAACCUUGUCACAGAGAAGGUUGAUGUUUACUCCUUUGGAAUCGUAAUGUGGGAACUCUUGACUGGAGAGGAACCAUAUGCAGGCAUGCGUUCUGGGGACAUAAUUGCUCAAAAAGUCAAAGGAACACUGCAACCUGAGAUCCCAAGCUGGUGCGACCCAGCAUGGAGAUCGCUAAUGGAGAGGUGCUGGUCGCCUGAUCCCAAGUCCCGACCAUCUUUCUCUGAGAUUGCUAAAGAAUUACGGGCCAUUUCAGGUACUAUCAAUAUCAAAUAACAAGCAAUAUCUAGAAAUAGAAUGUGCUUAAUUUGGCUACAGAUUCCCACUACCUUGUCGAUAUUGUAGAAUGACAGUAUCAAGCAGGGCGCCUGAGAUGUAGCUUUUUCCAUCCGGUGCCAAGAUAUGUUAGGCUUUUGUAUCCAGUUUGUAUAUAUGAAACUUGUAGUUACCCAUUUAAAUGCAGAAAUUGUGCAGUUAAAUUUGUUAUUUGUAAAGAGACUAUAGCAUUUGAAUUAAGCAAAUUGCUCCGUAGCAUUUUAUAAAGCAAA